AUGACUGAACUUUCUACUGCUUAUGGACCUUCUUGUGUGUCUUAUUACACAGUUAGAGGGUGGAAAAAUAAAUUUGAGUCAGGUGUAGAGUCCAUCAAAAAUGCACCAAAAUCAGGUAGGCCAAAAUCUGCAUCUCGUAAAGAAAUCGUUUCCAAAAUAAAGGAAAUUAUUGGAGAUGCCAGAUUCACAGUUCGUGAUAUUGCACGAAAGGUAGGCAUAUCACUAUCAACGGUUCACUUUAUUUUGAAGAAGCAUUUCAAAGUUAGAAAGAUUCCUGCUAGACGGGUGCCACGUUUGUUGACUGAUGAGCAAAAGAGGAAACGAGUUAAAGCGGCCAAAAAGCUGCUUCAAAUGUUUCCAAAAUAUGACAAAAAGCAGUUUGCCAAUGUCGUAACAGGAGUCGCAAUAGAAGUGCCUGUGAAAACGGGCAAAAGCAUCACCGGAAAGUACUACAAAGACGUAGUACUGACGAAACUGAAAAAGUAUUAUAAAAAACGACGCCCUGCCACUGGUUUUAAACAUAUCCGUCUUGUACAUGACAAUGCCCCCACUCAUACCACCGCGAUAGUUACGGCGUUUUUGAAGAAAGAAAAAGUAACUGUUUUGCCUCAACCCCCGUAUUCCCCAGACCUUGCCCAAUGUGAUUUCUUUUUGUUUCCGAAAUUGAAAUCAUUUCUUGCUGGGCGGAAAUACACGUCCCGACAAGCACUUGGAGCUGUCAUUCAUCAGUAUCUUAUUACUGUACCCAAAUCAGCGUACAGUGACGCAUUCAGGAAGUGGAUACAUCGGCUGAAACUUGGCAUUUCUAGCCACGGGGAGUACUUCGAGGGCAUGAAAUGA